GGCGCUCUGAGUGGGCAGCUGGGAAGCUGCCAUUCUUUUUCCCCCUCCAGCCGCCGGAGGCCUGACGCAUGUGCUGAACCCUCACUAUGAAUGCUAUUGUUGCCCUCUGCCAUUUUUGUGAGCUCCAUGGUCCUCGCACCCUCUUUUGCACCGAGGUUCUGCAUUCACCACUUCCCCAAGGUGCAAGCAGCGGGGACAUCUCUGGGCAGAAUGAGCAGGCAGAGGAGGAGGAAGGUGGCAUUCAAAUGAGCAGUCGGAUCCGCUCACACAGCCCUGCAGAAGGUGCCAGUGCUGACUCCAGCAGUCCAGGGCCAAAGAAGUCAGACAUGUGUGAGGGUUGCCGCUCUCUUGCAGGAGGACAUCCUGGAUAUGUGAGCCAUGACAAAGAAACUUCCAUCAAGUAUGUCAGUCACCAGCACCCCAACCACCCCCAGCUCUUCAGCAUCGUGCGCCAGGCCUGCGUCCGCAGCCUGAGCUGCGAGGUCUGCCCAGGACGGGAAGGGCCUAUUUUUUUUGGAGAUGAGCAGCAUGGCUUUGUGUUCAGCCACACCUUCUUUAUCAAAGACAGCUUGGCUCGAGGUUUCCAGCGCUGGUACAGCAUCAUCACUAUCAUGAUGGACCGGAUUUACCUCAUCAACUCCUGGCCUUUCUUGUUGGGAAAAAUCAGAGGCAUUAUUGAUGAGCUCCAGGGCAAAGCACUGAAGGUGUUUGAAGCAGAGCAGUACGGGUGCCCUCAGCGCGCCCAGCGCAUGAACACAGCCUUCACUCCCUUCCUGCACCAGCGCAACGGCAAUGCCGCCCGCUCCCUCACCUCGCUGACCAACGACGAGAACCUCUGGGCAUGUUUGCAUACCUCCUUUGCUUGGCUUCUGAAAGCUUGUGGCAGCCGACUUACAGAGAAGCUUCUGGAGGGAGCACCAACAGAAGACACCCUUGUCCAGAUGGAAAAACUUGCAGAUCUGAAAGAAGAGUCAGAAGGCUGGGAUGGUGCUGAGGAAGAAGAAAAGCCUUCCUCCCAGCCAGAGGUUGUGGAAGGGCAGGAGCUCUCCAAAUGCUCACCAGAAACCUCUCUGAUGCCGGAUUGCAGCAGCUGGAAUGUGGCUCACAGAAGGUUGUCUGUUUUUCGCUCGCUCAGGCACAUGAGACAGGUUCUUGGGGCGUCGGCGUUCCGCAUGCUGGCUUGGCACGUGCUGAUGGGCAACCAGGUCAUCUGGAAAGCUCGAGACGUGGAUCUUGUCCACUCUGCUUUUGAUGUGCUGCGGACCAUGCUGCCUGUGGGCUGUGUGAGGAUCAUCCCCUACAGCGACCAGUACGAGGAGGCCUAUCGGUGUAACUUCCUCGGGCUCAGCCCACACGUCCAAAUACCACCCCACAUACUGUCAUCAGAGUUUGCUGUCCUCGUGGAAGUUCGUGCUGCCACGCGCUCCAGCCUGUACCCGACUCUGUUUGACGAUGAGCAGUCCCUCAACAAGUACGAGUUUGUUGUCACCAGUGGCAGCCCCGUGGCAGCAGAUAGAGUUGGCCCUACAAUCCUGAACAAGAUUGAAGCUGCCCUGACCAACCAGAACCUUUCUGUAGAUGUUGUGGACCAGUGCCUUGUUUGCCUGAAGGAGGAGUGGAUGAAUAAAGUGAAGGUCCUCUUCAAAUUCACAAAAGUGGACAGCAGACCCAAGGAGGAUACCCAGAAACUGCUGAGCAUUCUGGGAGCUGCAGAGGAGGACAAUGUCAAGCUUCUCAAGUUCUGGAUGACAGGCCUCAGCAAGACAUACAAGUCCCACCUGAUGUCAACAGUUCGCAGCCCGACCUCCUCGGAGUCCCGGAACUAAAGGGUGCCCAACCUCACUCGCUGCCUUCAGAUCACCGCAGGGAACCCCGAGCUGGUCACUACCACUGCUGAGCCUGCAGCACCUGCACUGGGUGGGUAGUGACACUUCAUCACUAUUCUUCUGGUCCUCCAACUAACUUGAAGAGUGACUUGAGUCCUCUCUAAUUGCUGUGAGACUGGAUUAAUUAAGUGCUAAUCAACAGUGCUGCUGUCUGUCCUGAAACUCAACUCUUACAUCUAGACCUCCUCACUCAAGGCUCCAAACAGCCACGCUCCAAGAGUCCACACCAGUCAAUGACAACCCCCUCCUCUCACCCUUCGUGUGGUGUGGCAGCAGACCUCAGUUUGUUGGUUGCAUUGGCAAGACUCGGAUAACCUGUGACAACAUCCAGAACUCUUGGGGGUGGAUGCAGUUCCCCUCCCUCAAACCCCACAGGAAUCUCUUCUAACACCUGAGAGAAGCAGACCCAAAAGGAAGCACCGUGUCACAGGGUGCAGGGUGAUGUGUAAAUUACUGCAAACCACUUCAUGCUCAGAUUUAUGAAGAGACUUAUUUUCUGCUGUAGCAUAAGUCAGGCUCUCCUCCCGGAGGCCUGUCACUCCACUCUUAUUUAUUUAUAUCUUAACUUGAGACAGUUUCAGCAUUGGCUUUGGAAGUCUUGUCUGAGAGGGAGAAUCUCAUGGAAGGUGUCUCAAAAAAACACAAACAAAAAAGCAGGCUGCUUGCCUCUCUCGAGAGGACAAAACCUUCGCCUUGUUUUGCCUCGGGGGUUGCAAAACUUCCAGGUAACGAAGCUAACCUCACCAGGGUAAGGCUGCUUGGUGGUCUUCUGUCUUCAGAAAUCCUUUUCUAGCUUCCUAAUUAAGUUAAGCAGAAAAAAAAACCCCAACAAACACAAACCCCAAUCUGUAGGUGCUCCCUUCUUCUAUAACUCUCUGGUAGCCAUUUUUGCUUAAUAGUUCCUGGAAACAUUGGUGCAUUUUUUAAUGACCUU